AUGGCAUCGCACUUGCCAAAGAGGUUGACUGCGUUGAUAGUAUCGGCGUUUGUGGCAUUGGCAGCUGGUACUCCAUACAUGUAUGGGGUAUAUUCACCACAAUUGACAAAGCACAUUGGAUUAACAGCUUCGGAUUCUGCAACCAUAUCAUUGGCUACCAACAUUGGCUCUGGUGUUGGAGGAUUACCGGGAGGACUUUUAAUUGACCAUUUUGGUCCCCAAGUUAGUAUCUUUAUUGGAUCCAUUUGUAUCUUUGUGGGGUAUUUCACAAUGUUCAAAAUCUACCUGCAUCAAUACGACAACAUGUUUGUCAUAUGUAUUGCCAUGGCACUUAUGGGUUUUGGAUCAAUCACAAGCUAUUUUGCUACAUUGAAGGCUUCGCAGGCCAAUUUUCCAAAACAUAAAGGUGCUGCUGGUGCCUUGCCGGUGAGCUGUUUUGGGUUUUCUGCAACAGUCUUUUCCGUGAUAUCAGCAUGGCUUUUCAAAGAUGACACUGGUGGCCUUUUGCAGUUUUUAGCAUUCUUUUGCGGGUUCAUCGUACUUGUGGGAUCGUUUUUUGUCCACGUGUAUAUUGCGGACGAAGAAGACGAACAUGGGUACAACUUGCCUAGCCAUGAAGGACAAGAUUAUCAGCCGUCACUUUCAGAUGGUGAAGUCUCAUUGAUAUCUGAUAUAGAGCCACCCGCACAAUCGUUAUCAAGACUGGAAUCCCUAGCUGGAUCAUUUUCCUUUUGGGGAAUUGGAAAUAGGACUCCAAGGUCAUCGAUAAGUUUGCAAGAUUCAGAAGCAAAUGAGGUUGCAAGAGGUCUAUUGCAGGAGGAGUCAGUCACCAAAAAAUCAACAAGUCAGGGCAAUCCCCUCCAAACAAUAAAACGCCGUCUCAUGGAUAGAGUCUACUUGGUACAUUACUUCAUUGUAUCAAUUGCUGCUGGAGUGGGCCAAGUUUACAUAUAUAGUGUCGGCUUUAUUGUUGCGGCCCAGUACUACUACAAUAAGGAGCAUGAGGGACAUAUAAAAUAUUUGCUAAUGGCCAGAGAUGUUCAGGUUGCUCUUCAUGAUCCCGAUGCUGCAUCAAUACAAGCGCUUCAAGUAUCAAUAUUGUCAAUUGCUUCCUUUUCGGGUCGACUUAUUGCUGGUUUUGUUAGCGAUUACAUUCACAAAAAGUGGCAUAUUCAAAGACUCUGGAUAGUUCAGGCUACAUUAAUCAUGCUUUCAUUGGCCCAAUACAUCACGAUCGAGAACAUUUCAUCAUUCUACUGGACAGCCAUAGCCUCCGGUGUAACGGGAUCCUGUUACGGACUCAUUUUUGGCACAUAUCCAGCAAUUAUAGCUGACUCGUUUGGCACCAAGACAUUCUCCACCAAUUGGGGUUUGAUCUGUACGGGCCCACUUGUUACACUAUACGCCUUGAAUAAGUAUUUCGGCUGGAUAUAUGAUACUCAAACAGACGGCAAAACGGGAAUAUGUAACCUCGGUAACGAGUGUUAUAAGGGAGCUUUCGAAGUAAGUUUCGUUCUAUGCAUCGUUGCCUUUGUAGUGUCAGUUCUAUUGAUAUACAACCAGAGGCACAGAUAA